UUAUUUCUCCUUAGGUUGCCAAAUGGGUGAGAGAGGAGCUGAGCCCUGAAGGGACACGGCAUUAUUUUGAUGUGUGGCACAUUGCCAAAUGUCUGGGGAAGGCAUUGGAUGCAGCUUCAAAAGAGUGUGACCAACUACAGCUGUGGAGGCCUGCUAUAGUGAAUCACCUCUAUUGGACUGCAGCCUCAACCCCAGACGGCAACCCAGCAGUCAUGGAGGCUAAAUGGAAAAGUUUAGUCAACCACAUCCAGGACAUCCAUGACCAUGACACCCCUGCUUUCUCCAGUUGUGCCCAUGGCCCUCUAGACGGGGAUCAGCGCAACAAAGAGUGGCUGGACCCAGGCUCAUUGGCAGCAGUAAAGUUGGAGAACAUAAUCACGAGGACUGCCUUACUGAAAGAUGUUCGACAGCUGUCUCCACAGCAUCAGACAUUCUCCCUUGAGGCUUACCACUCCCUCAUCUUGCACUUCGCACCCAAGCACACAGGGUUUUCAUACGUUGGGAUGUAUAGCAGGCUUCUCUUAGCGGCGCUGCAUUACAAUCACAAUGCCAACCGCGAGACAGCACGGAAAAGUGAUGGGACGGAGAAGUACUGUGUGCGGUAUCCGCGCUUCAGAAAAGGUGCCCAUGUGGUGCGUCCCAUCAAAGAGGCAGCCUCAUACGGUUAUGCAACAUCAUUGAUGAAGGCCCUUCAGGAAAGCUACACCCAUUCACCUGCAGCUCUUCGAGAGGUUAGCGCUAAUUUGUCCUCCGAUGCACCCGCCCCCAUCGCUAAAUCCUUCGAACAGGUUCCUAAGGAGGAGGCCGUCAGCCUCUUCCUAGCCCGGCAGUCACGCUACAAGAGAACCUAAAUUCACAUUAUUAUUAUUAUUUUUUUCCACAGACAAGUCCAAUGAUUUAGUUGUAAGUAUUUAUUUUAGUUGUUAUUUAUCUUCUUUCCUUCUGUCCCUGUCAUCUCAUUUGGUGGUGGUUUCCUGUAUUCUGCAUGUUUUGUGUGUUGUUGCUUUGGUUUUACUUUGCACUAAAUCAUUACUUUUUUCGUCUUUGUAAGUGGCAUUAAUUGUCGCUGUACCCCAUUCAAGGGGUCCUGCAUGCUGCAUGUCUGCUCCUCUGUCUGUUAUUUGCAUGAAAUUUGUUUUAUGUAAUUCAAAAUAAUUUACCAAUCAUUUUACCUGUGCCUUGUCAACCUCUGUGUGCGGUGUUGUCUGGGUUCACUGUGUGUCAGCUUGAUAUGCUUUUGCAUGUAUCACUGCAUAUGCAUUCAUGAAAGAGUGUGAGUUUGUGUGAGUGACUGUGUGUGACUGUGUGUGAGUAAGUGAGUGUGAGUGAGUGCGAGAACCAUCAGUUGACCCUCAGGUAAGACCACACUUUUGCAGGCAAAAGAAACAAUGUGCAAAGGUUUCAGGUCUAGCCCUUCAUCAGUGGGCUUUUUUUAU